CUUCUGACGCAGCUCGUGCGCAUGUGUGCGAUAGAGCCACCGCCACCUCACGGCGCCUGCUCCCCCUCCGGUCUCCCCCAUCACAAACACCUUGGCUCUGCAGUGCGGGCGCUGUGGCGUUUCAUGAACACGGAGUCCGUGCACCCCGCCGCGGUCAUGCUGCCCCCAAAGAACUGCCUCCCGCGGAACUACAGCUGCAUCGCAGGGCUGUUCGGGAGCUUGACGGCGGCCAACCCGAGGCUUGAAGAUGGGGAGGAAUUGGACGUGACGAACGGCUCGUGCGAGCCCAGCGAUAGCCCGGUGGUGGACGAAAGACCGCGGGGCAGAGAAAUCUUCCUGAAGCCCCCGCAGAGCCCCAACCUCCGCCGCAGGUGCAAAUCGCUCCCGACACCCACAGAGAGGGCCAAGUUGGAGAUCGUGCGCCAAAGAAGUCCGACCAGCCAGAAGAAGGUUCGUUUUGCAGACUCGCUGGGCCUGGAGCUCAUAUCGGUGAAGCAUUUCAACGAUGCAGAUGACCCCGAGGUGCCCGAGCGCAUCCUUGCUAAACUCCACAAGGGAAACCUGCACUGGUUGUACACGAAGUUCCCCCGCGCGCCCUCACAGCCCGUGUUGAUGGAGCUGCAGUUCACAAACCCGGGCACGCUGCCGGGCUUUGAGCAGAAAGUCCGGGAGGUGAAAGUCCUGCUGGAGAGCGUGGAGGCAGACGAGUUCAGCCUCUCCGGGUUCGUGCGCGUCCUGAACAUGGCUUUCGAAAAGAGCGUCUCUCUGAGGUACUCCCUAAAUAACUGGAUCACCUUCAUGGACAGUUUGGCCACGUACGUCCCCAACUCUAGCGACGGCGUGACCGACAAGUUCUGCUUCAAGAUUGUGAUGCCAACCUACUUAGACAACGGAGGCGCGCUGCAGUUCGCUAUCAAAUACUGUGUAGGCGGACGGGAGUUUUGGGACAACAAUCACGGGAACAACUACAAAGUCCGACGCCACGGCCUGAAAAUGUCCCCACCACGGGAAUGGGAAAACGGAUGGAUUCACUUUAUCUGAGCGCUCGCUGGCGCCGCGCGCAAUCUGCGCGUAAUUGAUCCCCGGGUACCUUAUUUAUGACUGCAGCCUGUUAAAUCUUUAUCUUUCUUCCAGGUCAGCUACAAACACACUCGGGCAGACAAUGAUGCAACACAUUGUCCUGUGAUAUUUCAGAACACAUUAGCCGGAUGAGGCUGACAGUCCCUUACUGUUGUGGUGGGAGAUGCUGGGUGAUGGUUUUUCUUUUUGUUUUGUUUUUUCCAGGGCUCAGUGCAGCGGGUUGCCCUUUGGGAGGGCACACUCACGUCACGUUAUGUGCCACGGAAAACGUGCAGUCCUGUGCAAUACUCAUAGGCUUCACUGCGUAUUCUUUUCUAACAUUUAAUUGAUGUUUUUUCCCUAAAAAUGUGUUUCUUAUUUUGCAUGAAAACAUAUUUUCUCUAUGGAGAACCACUGCUUGACGAGAAAUUUGUUCCUCCACUCUUUUGGAGGAAACCUACUGAGCUAUAGCCUAUAUAGAUGUUUAUUUUAUAUACUAAAUGGGUGUAUAAUUUCUUAAUGUCAUCCCAUAAAAUGCCUUAUUCUUAGUCCUGAUGGUGGAAGUAUCAAGUGCAAUGCAUUUCUUUUGUUUCUUUGUUUUUUCUUUUGUUAAAAUAAUAAUAAUUAGCACAUUAGAUGGUUGGCAAUCCAGGGACAUCAUAUUCUAUCAAAAAGAUUACUUUUAUGAGACAAAUCUGCAACUAUUUCCUUAAUUGCACAUUUUCUUCUGCAUUCAAAUGAAAAUGACUAGAUAUUUUUUCAUAUUUACAGUACAAAUCAGCACAGUUUAACCAAAGGGAGCAGUGGAAUACAGAUUUAUAAAUAUCCGGAAUAGAAACUAUACCAGCAUAAAUUAAAUAGCUCUUAAUCCAUAUGAUUCAUUCAUUGACAGUUCCUGCUUUCAAUGAAAAACUUUUUUCCCCUUAUGAGAUAAAUGUUGUAAAUACUGCAGUUUGAAAGGUUUAUCACUCCUGUGGACCUUCUUUUCUUCAGGUUCUCAUACUUACACAGUAAUUAUUUUUGCAUUUGAAUAGAAGCAUAUUUUGUACAUACACAAACUUAACAGUGCAUUUGAAAAUGAAAUCUGAGGUUGUUUUAUUGCUAAGCGUCACUCUGUGCUUUUAACAGAGCAGUUAAGUCUGCAGACAAAGUAGCUCUGUACUGGUGACUGCGUUUAAGUAGCACUUGCUGCUGAAAAUGUACUUCACAGUCGUCACUGUGCUGGUAUAAAUGCUGCUCCUGACACUCCAUACAAAUGACCAAAAAGCUUUUAGCCACCUCAUGGCUUCAUCUUCAUCCGUCAACCACUGUUUGAUCACACAGCAGUUUCCAGACCGCGGCUCGUCUUACAUCUGUGUGUUUUUAAUUUGAUCUUCCAAAUGAACUGUAGGAAAACAGGUCAGUGUUUAUUCACAAGUUAAACAUUUAGACUCCAAGAGGCAGCAUGGUUUUAAAUCCAGUACCGGUAACUAAUCUGAACAUCAGCUUGGGUGGUGUUUGUAUCACUGUGGAGUCAGAGGGAAGCUCCUCGUGUAAUGAGGCCAGUUUGUGGAUGGAGACUAUUCCUGUAACUACUUAUCUUUUGGAGCAGUUCCAGUGUAAAUCCUUCCCUCUGCAUAUAUCAAGUGUGUCAGAACUACAAGGUCAAAGCUGACAAUUAUUUUUGACGAGCAAGAUAUGCUGUUUUCCCGUUUGCCACCAUACAGCUGUGCUGCACUUGUAAUAGAGCUGAUUACUUAAGGACGAAGAAAGGAUCAUGUAGUAGUUCCUGUGUGUUUGUAUACUGUCUGCAAUGUGUAAGCUUUUUUGGAGCUUUCAAUGGGUGUAAUAUAAGCUGACAUUUAUCAUUUAUGAUGUAACUAAUGUGGAAAAGCAGAAAUACCGUAUGGAAGCUUCAAGCUAGAUCAUAAAUUUUAAUGUUAAAUUUUUCAUCCUGACUGAAUGAGAUUUUCGGUGUGAAAGCCCAGUUCACGGUUUAACUGUGUCAGGGUUUGAAGCACACCAAAACCUUUGGUAAAUAUCAGGCCCUAUUUGUGUUGCUUCUCAAAGUGACUGACCUGUCAAUCCUUACACAAAGUGUCGGUGUUUAAAGUGACCACGGCCACAUCACGUAAUCUAAUGUCAUUUCUGAGAUGAUAAUGGUGUAAUGUGGACACUUAGAUUUAGUUUAAUUGUGAUCCGUUUUUACGCUUUUGGUGAAUCUUGGUUGUAAAGAGCGUUCACAUAACAGUUGGCAUCAAAAUUCACUAAUUCAAAGAGUAUAUGUAAAUUUGUGAACACGUUUCCUACUGAAUGUCUAUCCGCUACCGGUCUGUGUUUUUGUGUACCUUCAGUAUUUUCAGGGCAGUGUGGAGAAUGUGUGACGCUUAAAGUUUGUUGUCCUAUAGUUGUGGUCAAAGCUGGUCAAAUUAGAUAAAACUGUAACGUUUUUUUUGUCUUUUUCUUUUUUUAAACCUUGCCAGAAUUUUAGCAAUGUAUCAAAAAUGGCGUCUGCUUUUCCCCCCUUAAGUGUUCGUCUAUACUGCCUUAGUAGGCAUGUUUUUGUUUAUUAGGAAUAUUGUAGCUGUAAAAAACACAGAGAGGGAUACAUUUGUGUAAAAUAGGAGAUAUAGAAGUCAUGAUGUUGUUUGAAAGCCUUUUGCAUGGAUGACUGAUGAUUGUAAUGGAUGCUGGGCAGAUUCAGAACUGGUCUAAUACGAUGCGAGGAAGAAGAGCGAAGUACCUGACAGCUUCUCCUGUACAUAGCAACAUUUUCCAUUCUUUACCAUGUUGUACUGCUCUCAUCUAUCACUAUUGAACAGUCGUCUGUCCACUGUAUAACCUUAAAAUGACACUGGUGGUUUUUUUUUGUUUGUUGUUUUUUUCUGUGUUUUCUAUGCAACAAAUUUAUAUGUUGUAACAUUUGCACUGUGAGAUGUCUAUUUAUUAUCCUCUUUUGCAGUAGAUUUUAAACAUAUUAGCACGAAGAGCUUACAAAUACUGCUAAAACAUGACAGUGCGCUUUAAAUGUAAUUCGUAUUUUGUUAAAAAACUGCUAAUAAAAGAUUUUGUGACCAUAA